AAAAAUCAAUAUCGGAAAACCAAAUCAAAAGAAAAGGCGUUGCGCAAUGUGUAUAACAUGACGUCCAGAGAUAGAUACGUAUUGAUACACAUUGACGUACAACGGGAAAUUGAGUUGUCCUAGCUGUUAUCAAGUGCUUCCAUAUAAUUUGUCACAGUGCUCACCGUAAUAUCAUCCCGUAUAGUGUCAAGUGCAAAUCCAGGAGUGAAAGAAAACUAGUCAUGGCUAGUGGAAAAUUUGUUAUCGUUUUGGCAUUCUUGCACAUAGCAUAUGGAAAUAUCUUACCACCAUUUGGCUACGAUGAACUCUUUAAACGACCUUCAGAACCUAAAGCUGUGAAAAAUCCUCCAUCCCCAAUUCUUGUGCGUGAUUGGCCCGUGGAUAAAUAUGAAUUUGGACAAAUCACCGGAGUUGCUAUUGAUUCAAGUGGAAAUCCUGCAAUAUUUCACAGAGCUGAAAGGAAUUGGUCGCAGAUGGAAUCCAACUACUAUGACUUCAUAAAACGUGGUCCAAUACAAGACAAGACCGUUUAUAUUUUGGAUCAUAACACAGGAGCUAUUAUCCGUGGAUUUGGGGAAGGAGUAUUUUACAUGCCGCAUGGUCUUACCAUUGAUCCUCAUGGAAACUAUUGGAUGACUGAUGUUGCCAUGCAUCAAGCUCUCAAGUUCAAGCCCUAUGAAAAUGAACCGAUUUUGACCAUUGGGAAAAGAUUUCAACCCGGCUCAUCUACAAGUCAUCUUUGCAAGCCCACUGCUGUUGCUGUAGCAACUACUGGAGAGAUUUUCGUAGCAGAUGGUUAUUGCAACAGCCGCAUUUUGAAAUUCAAUGCUGCAGGGCACCUUCUAAGAACCAUUCCGCAACCACCGGAAUUCAUGUCGCUGGAAAUCCCGCACGGCAUAACUCUACUGGAGCAUCUGGAUUUAUUAUGCAUUGCAGAUCGAGAAAACAUGCGAGUUGUCUGUCCUAAAGCUGGAUUGCGAACAUCUAUUGGUGAAGGAUUGCCAGCGGCUACAAUACAAGAACCAGAUUUGGGUAGAGUCUUUGCAGUUGCAUCAUAUGGUGACUUUGUUUAUGCCGUCAACGGACCAACUUCCCCAAUGUUCCCUGUUCGAGGUUUCACUAUCGAUCCACGUUCCGAGAAAAUCGUUCAUCAUUGGGGUGACUUCCAGAAUCCCCAUGACAUUACAAUUGGAAGCAAUGGCACUAUACAUGCCUUGUACGUGGUGGAGAUUGGCCCAAAUCGUAUCUCAAAAUUCUUCCUCAUCUAAGUGAGAGAAGCUGGGAAAGGUCGCAACAAGUCCUUCUAGAAGAGACCAGCGAAAGCAAUUACAAUAUCUUUCCUAUGACAUAAGGUGUCUAGAAUGUCUAAUAAUGUACAUACGUAUGAGAACAAUGUUUAACUGAAAAGCACAAUAUUGUUAUUGAUUUUAUCGAGAUUUAUUAUCCAAGCAAAAAUGUUUUUAUAAACCAUUAUAUAUUAUACCUAAUACAUUAAAACUGUUAUAUCACUCACUAAUCACAACAAAAAUAAUGAACUUUAAAAGAAUUUAGAAUUGCCAUCAAAGAGCAAUGAUUUCAAAUCGUUCAAAUCUACCUUCUUCGUUUGUGUAAUGAUAAAACAAAAAAAAUAUAUGAAAAGUUAAAUGAAUGUUGGAAGUACGGCAUUGAUUACGGAAUGUAAAUGUGUAACAAGAAUUAGACAAAAUAUAAAUGUGUAUAUACUAAAACAUAA